ACCCCUUCCUUCCUUUCCUUUUCACGAACAACAUAACACACUGUGAAGUCGAGGAGAGUCUCCUUCCGUCUCUCUCUCCCCGCCGCAACCUCCGACCAAGUACGAUGUUUCGCAGGAUCUGCUCCAACCGUUCGUCCUGGGCCCACAAUGCUUCCCGACCUACCAACAAGCUCCUCCCCGCCGCUGCUCCCCCACCGCCCCCCGGAGCGCGCGGCGUCAUCACUCGCCGCGCCGCCGGAACCCUUGCUUUCCUGCGGUUCCUUGGAGAAUCCGGAAUCAGAAUCCGAGAGGACCAUGCUAAAUCAACCUCCAUUGCUUCUUCCUUUGCUAGGUCGAUGUCUUCCAAAGCAUCAGAUGAAUCAGGCAGAAGAACAAGGCGAAAUACUGAUGAGACCAAAAAGGAGAUAACAAAUGUUGAAGAUCCGUAUAGUGCUCCAACAUAUAAUAUUCCGGAGAAGCCAGUGACAUUUGUGGAGGGUGCAUCCUACAGUGUCAUCAUUCUUGCUGGGCUUGGGAUUGCAGCUGCCGCAGGAUAUGCCGUUUUCAAGGAACUUAUAUUUGAACCAAAGGAGUAUAAGAUCUAUAACAAGGCUCUCAAAAGAAUUCAAGAUGACAGUCAGAUUAGGGUGAGGAUUGGAUCCCCAAUUACGGGCUACGGUCAGGAGAGUAGAAACCGUGCUGCUCGCCAAAGAAUUCCUAACAGAGUAUGGACUGAUGAAGAAGGUGCUGAGCAUGUAGAGGUUAAUUUCUAUAUCCGGGGUCCAAAUGGACAUGGAAAAGUCUUUGCUGAGAUGUUCAAAGAUACAGUGGAUAAAGAAUGGAAGUUCACGUAUUUGAUUGUCGAAAUUAGAGCACCUUCUCAAGCACAAAUAAUGCUGGAGUCAUAUAUUCCAGCUUACAAUGCAAACAAGUAGCUUAGAUGAGAAAGGUAUUUGAUCUUUGGUCCUUUACUGGAGGCUGCACGAUUCAGCGAUCAGCAUAUUGACCACCUUAGCCAGUUCAAGUUCCUUAAGGGAUAAAGUGGAAAGAAGGAUAGACAAUUAAAGAGUCACAAAUAAGAUGAGAAACUGGAUCCCCAAUCUCAGGUUCAGUAAUGUUUUUUUCUUUCAUUUAGAACCUGCAGAUAUGAGGAAAGAGUUAUGGACAGGGAUCUUAGUUUUGAUGACCCAGAGAAAUUGCGUUGUCCUUGAUGGCAAUUGGCAGUGCCAUGUACUUAUUUGUUAUUUUCAGUUUUUCAUAUACCUUGUUGUCAAAAGUCCAUUGAGUUGCUGGAGUGUACCAUGCUAAUUUUUUAGAGAUGAAUAAGUAGGUGUCUGUAGUCCAAACAGGAAAAAAAGAAAAAAAAAAAAAGAAAAAGAAAAAAUGGAUAUGGAGUAUUUGAGGUUGAUAUUGGUUGUGGCCUAUUUCAAAAUGGGAAUGUUUGAGUGGAUUUCUAACAGACCAACAACUAUUGAUAUUGUUAUAGACAAGGCUAAUCAUUCAUUAUUAUCGAAUAACCGAGUAUACGAAGUUAUAAGUUUAGCAAACCUUAAUGGAAGAAUAAUAAAAGUCACAAAAGGCAAUAACCCAAGACAUUACUGAAUCAUGGAAUUAAAGUUGGAAAACGGCUACAUGAUAGCUUCUCCAAACUUUAUAGAGUAAAAUGGCAACACGAGAAAAUGAUGUACGUUAUUAACUAUCACCUGAGAAGUCUUACUGACUAAGGUAUUGAAGUGUUUUGCAUGUUGUCCUCUCAACCUAGUUACCAACGUGAUUUAGAUUGGGAUCCCUACCAACUUUAGAACACGAAAUCACUACUACUAGCCUAAACAUUUGGCGCAGUCUGAAGAUCCUAACAUGUUGGGACCAUGACUGAUUGUGAUGUCAAACUACAAUUAACCAUUCAACCAAUAACAUCCAACAAGGAAAAGAAAGUUGGAGAGGAUGGAUAUGCUGACGUUACUUCUGAUCCC